UCGUACGAUCUGACCAGCUCAUUGCAAAAGCACACGGUAAAGAAUCUCUCAGAGCAACGUCCAUGUCGACCACAAUGCCGAUACACCCCCCCAGAAGUCCUGGCGCAGCCGGGAGUUCUUCUUUCGGAUGUACAUCGUCACAGGUAUUGCAUGCUUUCUAUGUACCGACUGGCAAUUGGGAUUUCACCUAUUUCAGAUGCUCCUUGGAAAACGCCCUUACGAGAGUAUCCGAAAUGAUUACCACAUUCCAUCGGUAGUCGCGAGACAUGUGGACCCCUAUGCGUGGGACUCUGUGGAUUCUUUCUAUGAGGUACUUCGGAGUUGCCUCGUGCAUGACCCUUCUCGACGUACCACCUCCAGUGACAUCGUCAAACGUUUAGAGUAAGCCGUAGGCCCCUUCCUUCAUCGUUUAGAGUGAACCUGGAAUUCGG